CAACCAAGCCUCAAUUUCUUUCCUUCUUCCUUUCAUUCCCCCUUUCUUUUCAUCUCCAACCGCUUUUGAUGUUCAUCUUCUUCCAGAUCCUUGCUUGCUAGCCUUGGGGGUUUAACCUUCUCUUUUUCUGUUCUUCAUGUGAACCAUGAUUUCUCUCUCUUCCUCUCCUCUCUACUCAAACUUCAAUUUGACCAAAUCUAGCAACAACAUCACACAAGGUUGAGAGAGAUAGCCAAAUUUGGCUUUGUACUUUAACCUAAACCUAGCCGCAAGGACUCUUCAGUUGCUGACUUAAAGCCAACCCAUAGCGGGAAUUGGUGUUUGAAUGGCCCAGGGCCCCUUUUGGAAGAGAAUUAAAUGAACUUGAAACGCUGGUCGACAUCAUGAGGAAUGUUCACAUCCCUACCGGCCAACUUGACCAUUUUAUAUGGAGACACUGUGCUUCGGGAUACACAACAAAAAAGGCAUACAUAUUCCUUGAUGACUCAAACCCCUGCCUUGAUGAUAGCUACUGCAAACUAAUAUGGAAUCUGUAUGUUCCCCCCAAAGUCAGUGUUCUUAUCUGGCGUCUUCUUCUCAAUCGCCUCCCCUCUAAGGAGAAUCUAAUCCUUCGAGGCAUUGAUGAUUUGUCCAACACAAAUUGUGUUUUCUGCGGUGCCCAAAUGGAGGAUGUCAACCAUCUCUUUGCUAAAUGCAAGAAGGUCCAGCUACUAUGGAGCAAAAUCUGUCUUUGGUGGGGGUUCUCAUUCGUCCCUCCUAAUAAUGCCUCCUUGCUUAUUCUUCAACUCUGUUCACUUCCUGACUCAAAAAAGGCACGAAACUGUUGGAUCCCUAUUGUUUUAGCAACUGCAUGGCUCAUCUGGUACUCUAGGAAUGGCGUGAUUUUCAAAUCCAUGACAUGGGAUGAAAACAACCUUGCUGAUCUUGUUCAGUCAAAAACUUUUGAAUGGAUUAAAGGGAUCUCCACCUCUGCUGCAUUUUCCUUUGGAGAUUGGUGUCAAUUUCCAAUGCUGUGCUCUAAGGAGACUUAACCUUUCCCCUUUUUCCUUCUUCCUAAUCAUGUAUAUGGGAGAGUACCCCUUGUACUCAAUUUUAUAAUAAAAUUUUAAUUCAUCUAAAAUAUAUAUAUAUAUUACUGCAUGCAGAGAAAUAUAUUGUGACUUGUAACAUUUGUUCUAUACUUUCUUUACUCUGAAAUUCCUGUUGAAUGUAUUGUAAACAAUAAAGAAAUGAUUUCAAG